UUAGUAGGCUUCGCUAUGGCACAUCAAUUUUUAUUUAUACAGGACUAGUCGGGCACCCUCACCGAUUUGUCAUGUGUAAGGAAGAUGAGACCACAUAAAAUUUGUUAGUUCCUUGUCGACGAUUUAUUAGCUUAUGAAAACGAACCCUAAAAAAGCGCCACUUCAAGGCCUUGGAUUAGAUUUUCCUGUUGAAAAUGUGCUUUCUUCGGGUGCCUGUACAGUAUUCAUUGCGACUGGAACGGGAGCGCUGCCAUCCAAGAUUUCCUUUUAGGAUCAAUGAGAUUUAAACUGUAAAUACGAAAUUUUUAGCCCCCUUUUCUUUCACACGAACCGCAGUCCGCAGAAAAAAUUGACAGAGCAGUGCCGAAAUCGAAACCAAUAUUUUCUGUCUGUGCUCUAUUUUGCUAAUUCUCGCCUGCUAAUAUUUUCGUCGCGUCAGUUCUUCCUUAUAUUCUAAAAGUAAAAAUAACGAGCAUUUUUACGCGCUACCUCUGAACGUCUCUCAAGCAGCCGCUAGAUGUCUAGGUAGGCAAUCGAAAAAUUCAUUAUCAUCAUCAUCAUCGAAUGUAGCCUUUGCGCUUAUAUUGGAAGGUCCCCUUUUCACAACAUCCGUACCUGUUCGAAACACUUCGCAUUGCGGACGUCGACUCGAACACCAUCGGCCAAAUUUGUGCCUCGAGUUAUAUCGACACUAGUCCAGUUCAGCACAGUGGAGAUUGCUUUGAGCUACGGGCACUGCGAGGUGCUGGUGGUCGAAGGGGACAUUUAUUGCACCCGCGACUUCCACGAUCGUCGUCAUUUGGGCUGCUUCUCGGCUGGUCCCGCCUGUUAAGCCCGCCUUCGUUCGAAGAAUCUCUGGACGCCGAAGCGCUCAUCGACGCAUAUUUCGUUGUGCCGCCUUUGAUCGACCGCAAGCUAAGCAGCGCAUCUGGAGCACCGAGACGGUGGAUGACAUGUGGCGCCAGCCGAGUUGCUCGUGCGACAUGAGGAGCUUGCUGGAUGACCUGCGACCGGCCUUCAGGGUGUCCUACCAGUUGCAGAAUUUCCAGAGCGGCUUCUUUGCAACCAAAUGGGAUAGUUUUGACAGCCUCGUUGAAGGCAUUUGCGAUUGCUACAGACGAAACCACAGGAGAAGAGAGGCGAUGGCCAUCGUGAUUGCUGCCUGUGGAAGUCAGCUUACACACAGUUUGGAAGAAAUCUUCAGCCAAGUGGCUCCUGCAGGCAACAAGCGCCCAAUACAAGAAUGCCGGCCUGUGUCUUCGCCAGAGUGCUUCAUUGCUGUCUUCGGUGUCCGGUCGCGUGUGCCUCUAGGCUGCCCGCUACUGGUCUCCUCCGAGGAAGCGCUCGACUGCCUCAUGGAAGAUGCGCCUGAGAAGGUGGCCAACGUUUUCCACGCUGCCCUGCAGCUGGACCCAUUGUGUGUGAAGGCGUCGAACCUGCACUGGGCGGUUCUGCUUAUCCCGGCUGAGCUGGCGGGGGCGGUUCUGCUGCUGCGCUUCUCCUACACGUUGAGCUCCGAUCCGGCGCAGAUGGAGCGAGACAUUUGUGAGGGGAAGCUGCUCCUGUUCGUCCAGUGGCCGGAAGACGUCAUUUGUGGCAGAUCUGCUCCCUCCACGUCAGAUGGCUUCACCUACUCGACGUACUUUUGCUGACCUCCGAGGACGAAGGUCGCCCAGCCUACGCCGGGGAAACUGAAGGCGGUGACCUCGGGGGGUAAGGUUGCAGGCCCGUCGCAAGACAAUAAAAAGCCCCCGUCGUCGUUGUCUUCUAAGCAGAAUAUACGCGUCAAUAUAGUGUGGGAUAGAAGUUUCAGUAAGUUCAUCGUUUUUAUACAUUAUUUUUUUAGAUUUUCAAUGUGUUGAAUGAAAGUCAGCCUCGAGUCAAGUAUAAUACCUAGAAAUGUAUGCUCUUUGUUGACAGGUAGUUGUUGUCCACACAGUUCUACACAAGGAUCUGGAACAAGGCCUCUCUUUCUUGUGAAAAGAAGACAUGAGCUUUUGUGAUGGCUGAUUAGAAAUACAUUUUUGUCUGCCCACUUGGACACCUUGUUCAAACCAUGCUGCACCUGCCUCUCGCACACUGCGAGGUUACAGGAUUUAAAACCUAUUUAAAUGUCGUCCACGUAGAAAGAAUGAAAAAUGGCCGGUGGUAAUGAAGCACAAAGCAUGAUCACCUUAACAAUACAGAGUGUGCAGCCGAGCUCGCCUCCCUGGGGUACGCGAGUUAUCUGUACAAAUGCACGUGACAGUACAUUGCUGAUUUUUACCCGCAAGGUACGAUUGGACAAAUAGCUUUUUUAUUAGAUUAACAUAUUGCCACGGAUGCCUAUUUCGGUCAAGUGUCUCACGAUUCCGUAGCGCCACGUUGUGUUGUUCCCCUUCUCCACUCACGCAUAUUCUUUCAACACGUGCAAGAUCGGUUGUGGAGCGUCCUUCUUUGA